AUGGGUGUCAAAGGCAUCCGAAACGCUCUCAAAGUAGACCUAAACAAACCUGCUCGGGAACAAAAGGGUCUUCACAACCGAUGGCAUCCGGAUGUCCCUAGCUACGGAGCGAUCGCAAACAAUGAAGUCGUCAAGAUCGAAUGUCUGGACUGGACCGGAGGACAGAUAAAGAACGACGACUCUGCCGAUGACAUCAAGAAUGUCGACUUAACACAGAUCCACUACCUCUCAGGCCCGUUUGACAUCGAGACGGCUGAGCCUGGGGAUGUCCUCCUCGUUGAAAUUCAGGACGUCCAACCCUUUGAGGACCAACCGUGGGGGUUCACGGGUGUCUUUACCCCAGAGAACGGUGGAGGUUUUCUCGACGAGAUUUACCCAAAGGCUGCCAAAGCCAUUUGGGACUUUGAGGGCAUCUUCUGCUCCUCCAGGCACAUCCCUCAUGUGCGCUUCGCGGGCCUCAUCCACCCUGGUAUUUUAGGUUGCGCUCCAUCGGAUGAAGUCCUGGCUGAAUGGAACCGGCGCGAGGGUGAACUGAUCGCAGCCAAUUCCACUAGUCGUGACGUUGCAAAGCCCCCAGAACCACGUAACAUCCACGCUGGCAGCGCAGAUGAGGCACUAAAGGCGAAGAUUGGGCACGAGGGGGCGCGGACUAUUCCGGGCCGCCCCGAGCACGGAGGCAACUGUGACAUCAAGAAUCUCUCGCGGGGCUCCAAAGUAUACCUCCCUGUUCAUGUUCCCGGCGCCAAAUUCUCUGUCGGUGAUCUUCACUUCUCACAGGGCGAUGGGGAGAUAUCCUUCUGCGGAGCAAUUGAGAUGGCCGGCGUGAUUACCCUCAAAUUUACCGUAAUCAAGGACGGCAUAGCUAAGAUGGCAAUGAAGUCACCCAUAUUCCAUCCUGGCCCGGUCGAACCGCAAUUUGGGCCCGGUAGAUACCUUACUUUUGAAGGCUUCUCGGUCGAUGAGAAGGGCAAGCAGCACUAUCUCGAUGCGACGAUUGCUUAUCGUCAAACCUGUCUUAGGGUUAUCGAAUACCUGCGUCGGUAUGGGUACAACGAUUAUCAGAUAUAUCUGCUACUCAGCUGUGCGCCGGUGCAGGGCCAUAUCGCCGGCCUAGUGGAUAUUCCCAAUGCCUGCACAACACUGGGCGUGCCCAUGGAUAUCUUUGAUUUCGAUAUCCGGCCCGAGGUAGAGGUGGUCAAGCAAGAUAUGGGAAGCUGUGCUUUUACUUCUGCUUAA